GAAUUCUGCAGAAUUCAGAAACGCCGGAGAAAAAGAUGAAGCUGAAGCAAUUAGAAGGCUUGUUGGGUGAUCUUGAACAGUUCUCCAAUCCUAAAGUGGAAUUGGAGCAAUACCCAACUGGUCCUCACAUUGCUUCUCGUAUGCUUUUCACUGCAGAGAAUUCAUAUGGAGAUAUAAGUGAUAAGGUCGUUGCGGAUUUUGGUUGUGGCUGUGGUACUUUAAGUGCUGCUGCUGCUCUUCUAGAUGCAGCGUCUGUGAUUGGAUUUGAUAUUGACCCUGAGUCUCUUGAAACAGCAACACUAAAUGCUGAGGAACUUGAGGUCGAGAUUGAUUUCGUUCAGUGUGACAUUACAAAGUUAGAGUUAAAAGGCCAGAUCGUGGAUACGGUUGUGAUGAACCCUCCAUUUGGUACACGAAAGAAAGGAGCUGACAUGGAGUUUCUCUCUGCGGCAAUGAAGGUCGCUUCAAAAGCAGUUUAUUCCUUGCAUAAGACAUCUACCAGAGAACACAUUAAAAGGGCGGCUUUGCGUGAUUUCAAUGCGAAAAGUGCUGAAGUUCUAUGUGAGCUCCGAUAUGACUUGCCUAAACUCUACAAGUUCCACAAGCGAAAAGAAGUCGAUAUUGCUGUUGAUCUCUGGCGUUUUGAGCCUAGACAGAGCUAGACCGCCACAAUCAUGUAAUGUUUAGCUUUGAGAUAAGAUUGAUUAUGUAUGGAAGGAUUCAUGAUAUGAUGAACUCAGGUUUUAUAACCAACCUCGUCUUUAUGAACAAAAAUACACUACAAAA